GACGUUUUGUUUUGGCUGUACGUCACAGGGUUCUAACCAGUAACCAAACGCGGUGGUGGUGGUGAUAAGAAAUUUGAAAUUUGCAGGCUAGCGAGCUAGCCGCUAGCAUACGCUUCGGAUGCUCUUUUAUUAUUUCCCCCAAAACCAUGGCGUCGUAUCAACAUAUAUUACAGCACACAAAGGCGCGGUUUGAAUCUCCUGCCAAGGUGUUUGCUAAACUAAAGUCCAAAGUGCAGAGAGAAGAGAUAUGCGCGAAUGAGUGGACCUAUACAGGCAAGGAGCCGCUACGUAGCGUUAGAGAGAAACAUGGAGGCGUUUUUAAGUCGCCCAGGAAGAGAUCGGAGAGCACCUGGCUGACCGAAGACUUUAAGAAGAUUCAGAGGUCUGGUUCUUAUCGCAACGAAGCGCAGGCCUUGACUCUCUCUCCGAUAUCGAGUCCUCAGAAAACCUUCGUGUACACGUCUUCAGACAUUAGCAGCAAGCGUGUGGAGCAAGUGCCUCCUGUGACAGAAAUAGGAUAUGGAUGCACACCAAAAAAGGGAGCUUUCCUGGAGUCAACAGCUCUGAUUAACAAACAGCAGAUCCACACAGAAGCGCCUCAGAUCAGAGACUCUGCUGGUUUCAGGGUGUCCAGCAGGACUCCAGUGAAGAUACAGCAAGUGGAAAAUGACUAUGAAAGCAGUGUGUUUGAGGAGGGGUGUGCUCCUCUGCACAAACUGAUGCCACCACCCUAUAUGGUGUCCCCCAGGAGGAAGAGGUUGAAGAAGAGCAAAUGGGAGUCACAGGAGUUUAACAAAGUCAGUAGCAGUACAAGGGAGGGCAGCAAUGAAUCCAUAAGUCAGCCACAACAAGAAAGGAAAACCUCCAGUGCUUUCAGUGAGGACAACAGCACUUACAUGGAGGAUUUGGAUAAUGUUAGAGGAUUCUCUGCUGACAUAUCAGAAAUUAACCAGUUCUCUUGUCAACCCAUGUUCCUAACCCCACAGCAUUCCAUCAAAUUGAAACGUUGCUUUGUUGCUGUGGAAAAAUGUCCUCCAAUGUCUCCAGCCAAGAUGUUUGCUUACAUGAAGAAAAUGGAAUGUAAAACUGAGCAGCAGGAAGCGCAUAAAGUUAACAGCAGCACAAGGGACCUCUUUGAUGGAGGUCAUCUCCAUCAAUCCAGAGACAUGCCUCCCUCUACAGCUCACAACAUCGGUGAGAUGGAGGACAUUUCUUUCAAAGAUGUUUCAGAAAGUAUGGUUUCUUUCAACUUGUCCAGAGUAGCGUCAGCUGACAGCCAAUCAGACACAGAGCCCCCUGAGUGCUUCCAGAGUCCCGCUUUGUCCCCACAACCUGUUUUGCACGAAGACCCGGUUGUACUCAAUACACCACGGAUCUCCAUACCGAAGAAACAAGAGGCUGUGUUCAAGCGAAAUAAUUGGCCGCAGCGCACCAAAUUCCCAAGUGAGAGUGUCAUUUAUCUCAAAAAGUGGUUCCUGAGGAAGAAUCAUAAGGGCCUGUUUGUUGAUGGAAUCCACCGGGACGACAACAUACCGUGGAACAGUAACAUCAUUGUGGACAGGGUUUCUAACUGUGUGGUGAAGACCGUCUCGGGCAGGGUUUAUAUCUUGGUUGGCAAGAUGAACAUAAACAUUUGUUCUGAGUUUCCCAAGUGGCUUUUGAAGAAGUUUGCUAAUGGUUUUCCUUCAGACUGGGAGGCACUUUAUGAGAGGUUUCUGUCGGAGUCAAGAUGCAGAGGAACAGAGAGGUGCAAUGAGGGGAGAAGCGUCUUAGCGAAGACAAAUCCUGAGUUAUCCUCUAUCCGUUCUGUGAAGCGGCACAGGCAAAAGUUCUUGAAGAUGCCUGACGCCUGUUCUCCUGCCCUCUUGACUCAUCCAAAAGUGUCCCGAAGUGGUCGCAUGCUCAAGCCACCUCUGGAGUAUUGGAAAGGAGGGAGAGUCAUUCUGGACGCAGACAUGAAUGUUACCAUCCAUGAAUGUUAUGAUACCUCCAUCUGCAUCCCUGUCACUACAACGAUGUCUACGAGGACGUCACAGAAGCCUGCCCGUGUGUUCCUGCCCUGCAGUGAAGGCCGUAAGCAAUGUGAAUCAGCCAACAACGAAGAGGCAUCAGUACCACUGAGGAAGGUCAAGGCUUCACUCAGCAGACGUAACAGAUCCAAGGUUAAGCCCAAAGAGAAGCCCUCUUAUUCACCUGAACCUGCUGUGGAGACACUUAGCAGCCCCGAGGAGUGUUCUGUCAGACCAACAAUGUCCAACCGAAAGCGAAAAGUUGCCGAGAGAACAUCAUUUGUGGACACUGUCCCUCAAAAACAAAGUGAACCUGAAAAGUCUUCAUCAUGGAGGUCAAAAAAAGAGACUCAUGACACCAUAAGGUCUUCAGUGAGACUCUUGGGUAAGAAACGGGCUGUCAGAGCCUCCCCAGAAUCUGGUAAUAGAAUAUCAUCAUCAUCACAGGAUGAGUUGAUUGGAAGUAAGAAGACGGGGAAAGAGGAGCAAAGGAAGAGCAGCAGGAUGGUUAUCAAGAAGUUAUAUCCAAACAUGUUUCCAUCAGAUGAUCCAUUGAUGUCCUCUGAGGAGGAACUGGGGAAUAGAACCAGAGUAACACUAAAAAAACAUAAACAGCACAGAUGCACCAAGUCACCAUCACCCACAUUGCCUUUGCCUAAGUUGACAGAAUACAGCAAGAAAAAACCCACGGCACACAAAGGCAACGCAUCGAUUCCAGCAGACGAGUGGACAGAUGCUGAGCUCAUGAAGCUACAAGAUGCUGUGUCCUACUAUCCUAAGCACAUGGCAGGGUACUGGGCGAAGGUGGCGAGGAUGGUUGGAACACGUUCUGCAGAAGAGUGCCACUUCCAGCACACAUCCCGGGGAACCUCCCAGACUCCUGCUAAGACGGCCAAGAAACCCAGGAAGGAAAAAGUGAAAGCACCAGAACAUCCAGUUACAGAUCAUCCGAUCAUAUCUGCCGGAGUGGGAACCUUUAAGAGGAAGCAGCAGGUGCGUCAGUUCCUGGAGGCCAUGCCCAGAGAAGAUGUAGAGGAUGUUUUCAGCUCAGCGUACAUGCAGAAGAAACGCUUUGAGGUUCCCUCCCUGUGUCAGAGUGACCAAGACUUCACGUUGUCAGAGAUGGAGCAACUGAGCCCCAUGUCGACAGGUUUCCCAGAAGUGAAGACUCCCCAGUGUCUGCAUAUCAGUCCUGGCAUGAUGGGUUCGCCAAACAGGACCAAUAAUGACAAGUACGUCUAUCGACUCCAGAAGAGGAUGAAAAAAAAUCAGUUUGACGUCUGCAAACAGUCUCCUUCUUCAAAGAUCUUCACACCAACCGUGAAACGAACUAUGAGAAGAUGUGAUAACACAGAAAAUGACACCUUUGUCGUUUGGGAGAUGUUGCCAGGAAACGAUGGCUUGCUGUCUGAAAGCGACGAGGAAGAGGAUUUUUACUUCUCGGACAACGACCAGAGCUGAAACAUCAUGUCGUUUAAGAACCAAAUCUAAAAUAGAUCGGCUGAAUUCAAAUCCAAUGACUCCAGUAGAGAUGUGACUUUUUUCCUUGUUUAACCAAUCACAUUUGAACAAUAAAACAGUUGCAAUCUUCGUCCCAUCUUUCACAUGUAAUAGUUGAAUGUUGUUUUUUUUCGUCACCUUGGGUUUUGAUCUUUUUAGUGUGAAACAAACACUGGACAAAGAAAUGGAUUUGAAGCAUAACCUGCAAAGCAAAAUGAAACAAUUUUUUUGUGUUGACACAAUGUGGCCUGUUGUACAGCUAAGAAUAAUAGUUGAGAAUUGUUUUACAAUUUUAAAAUGCAACAUACUGUCAAAAUCAGACUGCUGUGUUCCAGUCUGUACCUGUAAAUAUAGUUAUUGUUUAAAGUCCUAAUCCCCAGAGUCAGUUGUAAGUAUUCUUUUAAUAAACAUUCUUAAGUUCGUA